CUUUGUUCUUCCCAGUUACGACCACUGAAGAAGCAGAUGCAGCUUUAACGAUGAUUAUAGAGGAGAAACAUGAGCCGUUCAACCUUGUAAUGGCAAAUGCCACUGAAUCGAAUAUGAAUGCGCUCUCGAUUCUGAAUCAAACUGGCAUUCCGAUCAUCUUGAUGUCGCCGGAGAGGGAUAUGAAGACGUCUGGUAGAGCUAUAGCUGAAUGGGGCUAUCACUUCCUCGAAAAACCGAUUUCAAUGGAGGAUAUCGAGCUUGUUUGGCAAAUCGUAUACAGGAAAAUCAGAAACCCUAGGGCGAGGAAUUUGGGAGAAAAUACGAAUCAAGCGAAGAAAUCUCACAUUGGCGGAAUGUUUGGAAGAGUUUCGAACGUUGCAGGAGGAGUAGAGUGGAAUCCGAUUGAAGAAGAAGAAGAAGAAGAAGAAGAAGAAAAGGAAAAAUGUGGAGACAGAGAAGCGAGAUUGAAGCCUUCAGCGACUGUGUUUGAUUACCUGGAAACGAUGAAUGUGGAAGAGAAGACGAACAGAAAUGAUCGCACACACAAGAGGUCGCGGAUUGUUUGGAGCUCGAAAUUGCAUCGGAAGUUUACAGAAGCAUUGAGCAAACUUGGAAAUAGAAAAUCGAGCCCUAAAAUUAUCCUGAAGAUGAUGAAUGAGCCAUCCUUAACGCUUCGCCAAGUCGCAAGUCACCUCCAGAAAUUCAAAUCUCAAGUGAAGCAUUUAAACAAGAUGACAGAAAGUGAUGCAUGCACUUCACUUGGCACAAACCAAGUUCAAGAGUUACCAACAAAGUGCAAUAGCAUGACAAACAUAUUAGGCCAACCAAGUUACAGCUCAAACAUUACAGGCAACCAGCUGAGACAACUACAGGUCCCGAGCUGCUUGAAUGCUCAUAGACUGCCUUCUCAAGAUGUUUUUAAUUGUCAUCUCAGGAUGAUGAACCAGCAAAACUCAUGUUCAUAUAAAAGUACUUAUGGAGGCUUUGAAGGGCCAAACCUCGUUGACGACAACAACCGUAUCUUCACCGACGAGCUUUACAAGAACGAAAGUUUAUCUCAUUCCAACUUCCAAUACUUUGGUGGGGAUCAUGAAGAUUGUCCCUUCCUUUCAGCUGAUAAUCACUACCCACAUGCAGUUCAAGAGUUGGAAUUUGCUCAGAACAUGGCGGGCUGUUAUGAUGUUGACAAUAUCAGGUCGGGAGCGCAUUCGGUGAUUGCAGGGUCUUUGAAUCAGAAUGUUGCACUGAAGGAACUUGAUGAUUUGCUGAACAAUACCGAAGAAGAUCCAAUGGUGUAUUGCUGUUAUGAUGGUAAGAUGAACUCUUUUGACAUUGAUCAAUACUCAGAAUGGCUAAAUGCAUGACUACAACUUGAAAUGGGAUGAAAAUACAUACAUACAUACACACAUUCUAAGUUUUGAACCAAACACUGAUCUGCAACAUUAGAAUUGGAGGCUAUCAUCAUGGCUUUGAAACUUGUCUUUGCCACCAAUGUUGAGCGUUUUAGCUUCUUAGUUCAAAAAAGUUAUGAGGUUUUUGUGCUUGCAAGCAACAACCAUAAAGGGAAAUGAGUUUGCAGAUUCAUUUAAAGUAAAUAAGACAUCAGCUGAUUCAUAUCA